CCUCGUUACCAUAGCAAUGGAGGGAAGCGAGUGGAUUUUCAUACUUUUUCAGGCACGCGCUCGUGGAUAUCUGAUGAGAAAGGAGAUCAACUGCGCACGUUCAGAGUUUGAGGACAUUGUGAGAGAUAUCGAUGGAGGAGUGAACCAUUUAGAUUGGAAGGGGAACAUUAUUGCCAUUCCUCACUUCAAAGACGAUGGCCCAUCUGGUAUCUUCACCAAAAAACAUGCGGAAGAAGCACCAGACAGGGGAAGCCAUCCUCUGGAGCAGCCAGGGGAGAGAGAAGGGGCACAGCUUAUGUCUGAUAGGCUAGAACCGGAGAGAGAUGACCCCUACAGCCAUGGACAGGCAUCCAUCUCCAGGGGCUCACCCAGUCCUUCUUCUUGUCCACCUGGGGGUGAGGGGGAGACUGAGAGCAGUCAGGGGGAGCAGCUGGAUGGAGGAGGCAUGCUGGAGAGCACAGGGGAUACGACCACUGUCUGGAGCAGUCUGGGUCGAGAUGUGAGCUAUGGUUGUUUUGAGAAAGGUUCCCAGCGGUGGCGUAGUCUGGCCCAGGACGAGCCCCAUACCCCCGAAGCCUUGCAGCUACACAGGAACAAUCUGGCCAUGGAGAUGCUAUGGCUUCAACAAGCUAUUGCCAGCCGUAAAAAAGUGAAAGCCGUUUUCUCAAAUUUUAUGUCAUUUGUCGCAUUGUUUUCAUUGAUUGUGUUGAAGAAUAAGACCAAUAUUCAAUGCAAGGUUAACAAUUGCAUUAUCUUUCUCUUCUCUCUCUCAGUACCUGUCACUGAAAGAGAGACUGAAUAUUUCCUAAUGGCAGAGGACCAAGGAGAGGCUGUUUCUCUAAACUGGACAAUGAUCUGA